UAGCUCCGUUACACAGGCGCGCGUUCGAACAUCAGAAAAUAUUUACAUGUACGUGUCAUGUCCACAACUAUGACUACGUGCAGCGCACAGUGUAAGGAAUAACACUUUUUCAACUCGUAUAAGAAGAUAUUAGACUUUUCAAUCACCAUUUCACUAAUUCUGUAGAAUUUUUGUAUAACACACUGGGUCGUCGAGAGAUUGCUUCUGGUUUGCCCGAGGUAUUCAUUAAAACCGGAUUCUUUGGUGUUGAGCAGUAUCGAGCUGGGAUUGAAGACAGCCCAGUGUCUCACACUCACUUGUUUUUUCAGACAAGAUGGAACUUUGUGUUGCUGCAGUGCUUUUGUCCUACUUCGCUCCAGCUUUGGGAUCAGCUUUUGGCAGGGAAAUGCCAGCUUCUCAAAUGGAUGAAAUUCAUGAAUACGACAAGCCAUUUCAUUAUGAUUAUGAAUCUCUGAGGAUCGGUGGUAUGAUCUUUGCUGUGAUCCUCUUCUUGAUGGGGAUCUUCCUCAUUGUCAGUCGGAAAUGCCGCUGCAAAGGGAACAAGUCAAAGCCAGUGGGUCUUGACGCAGAGGCAGCCAGAGGUGCAAAAUAAAGUAAGCUGAGGGAACAGAGAAAAAGAAAGCAUGACUUCUUAAGGAGAAAUCUUAAUCAGAACUUUGACCAUUUGGAAGAAGAAAGUCACUUGAGGAUUUAGUUUUCUAGUGUUCACAAUUUUUAAAUUUUUAUGUCUUUGUCUCUUGGGUACAUGAGAGUACGAGUGCUCCUUUUUAAAAUUUGAAGUUUUAAAAAUAUUGUUUAAAUUAAAGUGUUGAUUAUCAGCUAGAACUACUUUGCUGUAAUGUUUAACUCUGCAGCUGAUAUCUUUGAGAUUUUCCUCCACUUUUUGUCAUGUACUUUUCAAGCUCUCUGUGAAGUUUAUGAAAUGCAUAGUGCGGUAUGUGUAAGUGCUCGGUAGCUAAAAGUAGUAAGUAGGAAUUUUAUAUAUUUUGUAAAUUGUCCAUACAGUUUUGUCACAUUGCAGAAGUAUCAAAUCAAACUGAUUUCCAUGGAAUGUCUGUUAAGUGUCCUCGAGAAAAUGUAACCGUUAUAUAAUGUGUGUUUUGCAUCUGCCCUGGUCUGUCUCUUAUUCGGUCUGUGUUAUAAAUAGUUGACCCCCCUGUUAUUAGUAGUAGGACUAAUAGUACAAGCAGUUUGGUAUUGCAGCUGCAUCACUGAUGUUGCAGUAGUGUCUAGCUUCUGUAAAAAACAAAUAAACAACAACAACAAAAA